AUGAAUAAUACAAUGACAGAAUCCAUGAACCCACUUCAAGACCAUGAAUUAAAAGCAACUAUCCCCACAACCCCUCCACCUCUUUCCUUCUCUAGUCUCCCCCCCGGAAUCCGCCACCAAAUCUGGCGCUUCUCCCUCCCCGGCCCAAGAACCCUCGUGGUCUCCCCACCCACCGAGGCCCACGAUAUCUCAUUCUCGCGAAUUGAAAACCACCCCGCACCACCAGCUCUCUUCGUCUGCCAUGAAUCGCGUCAAAUAGCCCUCACAAGAUACCGUCUUGUCUUCGGGCACCCCAAUCAGUUCGCCGACCUCCCGGGGGGAGACAUCCUCUACUUCAGCCCAGACGGUCACUGGAAGCCUGUAUACAAAUGA